CAUUGGCUUCGUUCGCUAAGGUCUAAAAAGGCCACCAAUGGAACGCCCAAAAGCAGAGACCUUUUCUCUCGUGAAUCAGAGAGUGACCCAAGGCAAAAAGUUGCACCAAAAAUCCAUUUCGAGUCAAUGCCCAAGCACUUCAAUCUGCGUUAAAGAGAAAGUGGGUGAUCUCUUCCGUUCUCGAUUUGCUUUCUAUUUUAUUCUAUUUCGUUCAUUCUUGUUGCGUAUUUGCUACUUUUACGGAGUCUUUUCACAGAAGACUCGGAUUGUUGGCAAAUUUCCAACAAUCUUAAAUCAUUUAUUAAAAAAAAAAAAAAAACUUGCUUUGGAUCUGUGUUUCUUAAAAGGGUUAGUUCGGUUUUCUCUGAAUUUCAAAGUUUCUUUUGUAUCUGAAAGUCUUUGUGAGAGUUCUGAGAGGAUCUGUUUUGGAUGGGGGCUUGCAUAAGCAAUCGGAUUAAGGCUGUGACUCCUCAUACAGGGUUUAAUUCAAAAAAUGUGAGCAGAGAUGGGAAUUACUUGAGUAGUUCAAGUAGCAAAUUCUCAUUGGCUUCCGUACCCAUGACUCCUAGGAGUGAGGGUGAGAUCUUGGAGAUCUCCAAUUUGAAGAAUUAUGGCUUCAGCGAACUCAAAAUGGCUACAAGAAACUUCCGCCCUGAUAGUGUAUUAGGAGAGGGUGGGUUUGGUUCAGUUUUUAAGGGGUGGAUUGAUGAGCAUUCACUUACAGCUACCAGGCCUGGGACUGGCAUAGUGAUUGCUGUGAAGAGGCUCAACCAAGAAGGGCACCAGGGUCACAAGGAAUGGUUGGCAGAAAUCAACUAUUUGGGGCAGUUGCAUCAUCCUAAUCUUGUCAAGUUGAUGGGUUAUUGCUUAGAGGAUGACCAUCGGCUUCUGGUAUAUGAGUUCAUGCCCAAGGGAAGCAUGGAAAAUCAUCUAUUUCGAAGGGGUUCACACUUCCAGGCACUUUCAUGGAGCCUCCGAAUGAAAAUUGCUCUUGAUGCUGCAAAGGGACUUGCUUUUCUUCACAAUGCUGAAUCACAAGUUAUAUAUCGUGACUUUAAGACUUCUAAUAUCCUGCUUGAUUCGGAUUACAAUGCAAAACUGUCUGAUUUUGGGCUGGCAAGGGAUGGGCCAACUGCUGGUAAAAGUCAUGUCUCUACCAGGGUUUUGGGAACCUACGGAUAUGCUGCUCCAGAGUAUCUAGCCACAGGUCAUCUGACUGCCAAAAGUGACGUAUAUAGCUUUGGAGUCGUACUUCUAGAAAUUUUAUCUGGCCUUCGAGUCAUAGACAAGAACCGGCCAUCUGGACGGCAGAACCUGGUGGAGUGGGCAAAACCUUACCUGAACAAAAAACAAAGGAUUUUCCGUGUUCUAGAUGUUCGUCUCGAAGGUCAGUACUCACUGGAUAGCGCCCAAAAGGCAGCUAACCUUGCACUUCAGUGCCUUGCUGUGGAAGCCAGGAACAGGCCCAACAUGGAUGAGGUGGUAACAGCAUUGGAGGAGCUUCAGGUCACACCAAAAACUGAUGAAAAAGAGCCCCAUGUAAAUGGUCAUAGCCUUUCCAAUGGAAUGCCUGUCUCCUGCAGAGAUUCCGUGAAGGAGGAUUCAAAAUUCACUGUUUACCCAAGGCCUUCUGCUAAUCUAGUUAAUCCUUAAGGCAUGGAAAAGUUUUUUAUGUAGCUGAUUUAUCUUUUCUAUUUUGAAGGAGUCUUGGCAGGGUUUGGACAGAGUUUCAGGAUUCAAGCAUACACCAUUACAAUGUUUCUUUUGAACAUUGUACAGUUUUUUGCUUUUGUAUAUGUACUAGAGCUAGCUUUGAAUUGUUUUCUGCUUUACACUUAGAAGCCUGAAAGGCCCCUCAAUCUAAUAUCUGGUUCCAGGAAUGUGUUUGAUGAUGA